AUUUCUCCUUUUUAACUGGGCGCGCUGCUUCCUUCCCGAGCAAGGGUUUCCGCGGUUGCGGACGCCGCUGGAGAAAGGGUGAGCCACAUCCCCGCUGGCAGCACCUGUCGCAGGUGCGCGUGGGUCACGUGGCUCUGCCGUCGGUCUUCGGGAGCCGCGCCAGCUUCCUUCCUUUCAGGCGGUUCUCCGCUUGCGUGACCGGACCGGAUUAGGGAAUGCGGAUAGAGUUGGCCGUCGCUCGUUAGUUCUCGGGGAAAACAAAACAAACCAAAAAAGAAAAAGAAAAACCCUGAAGGAGGGAGAGGUAUUCAGGCCGCCUUCCAUUAAGACGGUGGCGAUUCGGCGGAGCGAAGAUGAGCAAGAUCCAGAAGUUUUUCAAGGGCGGCGGCGGGUCUGGCUACUCCAAGGGCAAGGGGAAAGGAGGCCCCACCCCGCAAGAGGCUUUAGCGCGGUUGCGGGAGACGGAAGAAAUGCUGACCAAAAAGCAGGAAUACCUGGAAGCCAGGGUCGCCAAGGAAUUGGCCCUGGCUAAGAAAUACGGCACCCGAGACAAGCGAGCUGCACUGCAGGCACUGAAAAGAAAAAAGAGGUAUGAAAAACAGUUGAGCCAAAUUGAUGGGACUCUUUCCACUAUUGAAUUCCAGCGCGAGGCUCUUGAAAAUUCCCACACAAAUACAGAAGUGUUCAAGAAUAUGGGCUAUGCUGCUCAGGCCAUGAAAAAAGUACAUGAAAACAUGGAUUUGGACAAAAUUGAUGACAUGAUGCAAGAUAUCACUGAGCAACAAGAUAUUGCCCAAGAAAUCACAGAGGCUCUCACAAGAAGAGUUGGCGAUGACUUUGAUGAGGAUGAACUGUUGGCAGAAUUAGAAGAACUGGAGCAAGAGGAACUCAAUAAUAAGAUGAAAAAUGUUCAUUUACCAAGUGUCCCAGCAACCCCAUUGCCUUCUCAUCCUGCAUCUUCAAAGAAGAGGGUGGAAGAUGAUGAUGAAGAUAUGCAGCAACUGACAGCAUGGGCAACUUAACAGCAAUUUCUCACUGGCUUCAAGGGAAUAAUACGGGAAUAUCAUGGAAGGACUUCAUGGAAUAGUGCUUAUGUUUUAUACAGAGUGUAGCUGUGUGGAAUUUUGGCCAAAAUUGGUCUUUGGUGGAAUAUGUGUAUAUAUUUUAUAUAGUCUUGUAUAUAUUAUUUUGUUUUUUAAAAAAGCCAGCAUUCUCAAGUAUGAACUUUCUCCUUUCGGUAUAUCCAGACAUACCAUUUUUAUGCUAACGAAACCAGAUAACAAGCAAGACUGAAUUUUAAUUAAUGUUAUUCUUCUUAGCUGAUACUCUUUUAAUGCACAGAACAUGUGUAGGUUGGAAAACCUAUUGGUGCAAUAGCAAGUAGUAUAGUGAUUUGAAAGAGAAUUAAAAUUGGCUUGAUUUUGGAAUCUUGUUUCCAAAUAUUUUUCUAAACAAAAUUAUUAAAACUCAUGGUCCUUAGGUUGACUAGAGAAAUCCUGUAGCAAUUUUGCACCAAGUUCUUUGUUUUCUGUGAUUCUUCUAUAAUGCCAAUGGCUUGUUCAAAGCAAAAAUGAAGAAUUUGUACCUUAAAAACUAAGAUGAUGAAAAUGGAUCUCUGUCGAAAGAGAGGGUGGAUGCAUAUUCUCUAUGCAGAAGACAGGACCAAAAUAAGUGGAUUAAAACUAGAAGAAGUGGGUUCAAGGUAGACAUCAGGAGGACCGUUCUGACUGUAUGAGCUGUCAUCUACAAUAACAGAGACUGUAGAAAAAGCUGUUAUAGAAGUUUUAUGAGGUUUUUUUCCAGUGAAGUUCUUCAGUGGAGAUGGGUGAACAUCUAGCAGAUCUUGCAUUGAAUAGAUAACCUCUUAAGAUCCUUCCAGUUCUGUUCUGUGAGAGAUCAUCAUAGAAGGAAGAGUGCUAUAGAUCCAUUACCAGCUGUGUUUAGAUGAUUGGCAUGCCUUGAAAUUGGAUAUCCCAGGGGUAGUUUAGAAAAGAGCUUUGGAUUGAUUGACUUUCAGGUUGUUUAUAAUCCUGAGCAGUCUCAGGGAUAAGAGUCCACUACCCAUCUAAGAGCUGGAGUAAUUGAUUGUCCUACUCCAUGUUUAAUGGAUUGGGAAUUAGUGAUUCUGAACUAUGUUAUACCAUGGUUGGUUUUUUUAAAAAAGGUUUUCCCUGCCUGCAUAAGUCAUUAAAACACUUAGAGUCCAUCACUUCUGUCUUAUCCCAAAUGCACUUAAAACUAAUCUAGAAUAUUCAUAUUUUAUCAAGAACCUACUUAAUCACUGAGUAUAAAAGGUGAUAGAGACAUUCAAUCUAAUGCAUCCAGGGAAACUAUGAUGCACUAUGCAGUCUAAAAUACUGGGGAUAUGAUUUGGUUUAUUCAAAUUUAGUAGCACAAACUUUUACUGAUUUUUAUGUAAAUUAGAUUAAUUUGGUUUUAUAAAAGGGAAAAAAGUAGAAUGAAUUAUUUUGGCUGAGUGAUCAGCAAGUCAUAAUUGAGUUUAUCAGCCUUUUUAAAAAUAGGAGGUCAUAAUUCAGUAAAUCAGAUGGAUUACAUUAAAGUAAUUGUGUACUGGAUUCAUAUAUAUUUUCUUGAGGGCAGAAAGACAUUGCAGUAUCUUGUCAGGCAGAAAAGUUAUAAUACCUUAUGAUUGUAGUUUUUAAACGAACCUUAUUCUAUUUCUUCAUUUUUUUGGUUUGGAUAGUAUAGUUCUCUUUAAAUAUUUCAAUACAAUAAUUUAUAUGAUGUUUAUGUAUCUUCUUUGAGCUAUCUUUUUUUUAAAUCUGGGAAACAGAUCAUAUGAAGAAAAUUUUUUAAAUUUCCCCAAAUAGUAGGCAGGUUUCAAAAUUAUUAUGGAUGUCAGCUUUUUUUUUUUCAUCCCUGAAAUUAGUCUCUGCAUAUGCAACUUUUUUUUCUAGCCCCUCUCCCUUUUGAAUUUUAAUUUAAAUGACAUUACUGUUACUUUCAUGGAAUAUAAAAGAUUUAAAUAUUCUAAUAAGUAUUAAAUUGUGCAAUUUAAAAUCUGACAUUGCUUUUUUACAAGAAACAUAUUCCACAAGGAAAUAUAUAUGCAGGACAUUUAUUAUUGUGUAACUUUGUGGAAAUUCAACAUUUACUAAGUCUAUAGGGUCUGUGAUUUACUGCUCUAAUCAUAAAACAAUAAGUGAGCCAGAACAAUUUUUAACAAUGGUCAUUAAAUAAUGCGCUACAUGUACUGAACUUUAGGGUCUAAGGAUUAUCCAGAUAUAUCGCACAGGAGUUUUAACAUCUUUUUACUUUAGUAUAGGAGAUCAGAUAGUUCCUUUAUUAAAUCGCAAUAUUAUCCCACCUAAAUUUAAUUCUCGAAAUGGAAAAUUUUGCAUGUUUUUAUAUUAGAAUUUAAUAUAGGGAUAGCAGCUUUUAAGUUCACCAUAGCAGGAUCAUAUUAAACUCCAGAUAUGUUCCCAAUUCAAUUAUUUUUUAGUAUUUUGGUGUUAAGAUGAAUGGAUGGAUAAACAUGCUUUAAAAUUUUCUCCCUAGAUUCAGUAGUUUAUAAUCUAGUGACUAUUUGAUACACCUUUAAAACAUCAUGGUUGUAUUAUUAUGAUUCAUGAAAAAAUUAAAGCAGAAAUUUUGAGAAAAAGAAGAAAAAAAAAUUCUGUAUGCAAAGAUAUGCACUUAUAUUACAUAAAGGUUUUUGGAGUGUAGGACAUGGAAUUAAUUCCCUCUGUGCACUUAAUACCUAUAUUGGUAGUGAGAAGAAAGACCCAAUAAACUACUGGUCCCUUGAUAAAUGCAGUUAAACCAAUAUUUCUAUUAUCAAAGACGUUGGGAUAAAAUAUUUAAUAAUUCCAAUUUAACCAAUAAUUAGUGAUACUAUUACAUCUAUGAAAACAGGAAAAGUUCUAAGCCUGAUGACUUAUCACAUUGACUAUUACAUACAUACAUAUACACAGAAAUUCCAGUAUAAUUGGAAGUAUUAAUUUAUAAUACUUUUCUUGAAAAACAUUUUUUCUAGCCUCUGCUAGUGAGCCUUAAAUAGCUGUGAUUUUGAUAGCUUCUAAAGAACCUGCUGACUAUACAACUUUCUUAAUACUGAUGCCAAAAGAACUGACUGUGACUCUGUCAUGCAGUUUUCAGGUAAUAUGAUUCCUGAUUAUCCAUCUAGCACCUAUCUGGUUUUAUAAAAAGAGAAGUGUCUUAUAAUAUUAUAUUACUAAUAUAAUGAUACAAUAACGAUUCAAUAACGAUUUUAUAAUUGUAAGAGAAAAAGCCAUUGAUGUUGAUGUAAGUUGUUCAUUUAAAAUUUUAAGUCAACCUACUUUAGAUGGCUUGUAUUAUAACCAAUUAUAACCAAUACACCAACUAAAUCAACACAAAAACAUGGGCAAUUUCAUUCUAUGCCAACUGUAAUUUCCAAGUAAUCUUCAAGAAUAGUUCCAUGUAGAUUGAAUUAUAGGUAUUUAAACUAGGAACUGAUGAAGAUAAGUCACCACUGCCAUGACUACUAGUCCAAGAAAAUUCACUACUGGUGGAGCAAUUGGACGUAGGCAAAGAUUCAUCUUACCAUGAAACACAUUCUGUUUUCAUAGAAAGUUUUGAAACUAAGAGAAUCCCCAGCUUGUGACCAAAAUAUUCAGAUUAUCUCAGCCAAAGAUGUCUGAACUACUUUGGUGCAAGAGGGCCUGUUAUUGUAAUAGUAGCUCAUCCUUACUGAGUUCCUCCUGAAUCUGUUCCUUCACAUGGAUUCAGAUGAAACUUUUGAAACAAGACUUGAUCAAAUACAGACUUUUUAUUUUUAAAAAUAAAUUGGAUUAAUACAUAGUUCUUAAAUCUGCUAGUAUUGUUAUGACAAUGGAAAUAUUUUCAUCAAUAUGUGUUGUGGAACUCAUCAUCAACUUAAACUGCUACUGGAUAGUUCUUUUCCUUUUUCUCUCUCUCUCUUUAAAUUACAACAAUAAAAAAUGGUCCACAAAGAGUACAGAUGCAUCUGAAAAUUCUUCCCUUUUCUAGAGCUCGUGAUGACACCUCUGUUGAAAAAUAAUGGUAGUAAUUGCCUACUGCAGUCUUUUUCAAUACGUUGCUCUUCAAAUGACUCAGACUACAACUGUCAUUACCCCAAGCCAGCAGUCACUGGAAACAGAAAUUAAUCUAGUGGUUAAUGCAAGAAACUGGGAGAUUGUGUACAAUUUUUGUGUACAUUUUUUGAAGUAUCAUUUCAAAAUAGUUCUCUGACUGAUCUAUGGUCAUCAGCUUUAGUUAUACCAAUCUUUUAAAAGGGUGACCCUAGUUCAGUAGAAAAUUAUAGACCAAUCUCUCUGUGCUUACAUGCAAAGUUAUGGAAUCGAUUAUAAACCAAUCCAUUGUUCACAAGUUAGAAUCAAACAACUUGCUAUCUGACAAACAGUUUAGCUUUAGGAAAAACUUGUCCUGUUUUUUACAACUUUUGCACUGUAAAAACAUCUGGACUACACGUCUUGAUCAAGGUAAAGCUGUAGAUGCAAUUUACAUAGUUUUUGAUACAGUAGUACAUGAUAAACUGCUGUUGAAAUUAAACUCUUACAGCAUUUCUGGACCUUUGCACAAGUGGAUUGCUGCUUUCCUGCCUAAUAGACUGCAGAAAGUCAAAAUAGGGAACUCAGUGUCUAAUCCUGAAUCAGAUAACUAGUGUUCCACAAGGCAGCGUUUUAGGUCCCAUGCUUUUCUUGCUCUAUAUCAACGACUUAUGUGAUCAACUUAAUACUACAGAUAAUUCUGUUGUUUUGCAAAAUGAUCUUGACUAUCUGUCUGAAUGGUCAUCUAUCGGGCAAUUUCAAAUUUCGAUUAAUAAAUGUUCUCUCUUACAUAUUGGUAAACAUAAUCAGAAUGUCAAAUAUAAGCUAGGUAGUAUUGAUCUAGCAGAUGACCCUCACUUUGUCAAGGACCUAGGUGUACUUAUUUCUGAUGACUUAUGUUCCAAGUUCAUUGUAACAGCGUUGCUAAAAAAGCAUUAAGAGUUAUAAAUUUAAUUUUAUGGAGCUUUUUUUCUGGAAACAUUGUAUUGCUAAUUAGAGCUUAUAAAAAUUAUGGUAGACCAAUCUUAGAGUAUUGUUCAACUGUUUGGAAACCCCGCCAUAUAUCUGACAUCAGUUUAAUCAAGGGUUCAGAUUUUUCACGAGAAAAGUUUUGUACUCUUUUUGUUAUAAAAAGUUUUUAUUGGUCAAAAAAAAUUUAUGCAAAUACAUAUCAGGUAUGGUAAAUUUUCAUUUUUCUUAUACAUGAUAAGAAUUUUACUCAAAAUUUUAAACACAUACAACAGCCAUAUGGCAAGCAGGUGAUACGAAGUAGCUAAGUUUCAAUCUUACACAAUAAGGAAGGGUCAAGAAUAAUCAGAAUAUCAUACGAAAGAGAAUAAGGAAAACCAACACAAUACCAAAUAUCUUUGUCACUUCCUAGUUUUGGAUCUCAGAGUUUUGUACUCUUUUGUACACAAUAGAAUUCCCUACUAGGCUCGAAAUUCUCGGUUCAGACCUAAGUAUUGCAUACAAAAUUAUACGUAGUAAUGCUUUACCUGUAAGUGACUUUUUUUGUUUUAAUAGCAAUAAUAUGUGCGCGAACAACUGCUUUAAACUCCGUGUAUAUCGUUCUAAACUUGACUGUAAAAAAUAUGAUUUCUGUAAUAGAAUUGUCAAAGUCUGGAAUGCUCUACCUGAUCCAGUUGUCUCAGCUACAAAUUUUUAUAGUUUUAGUUCAAAUUAACUUCUGUGGAUCUUACUUCAUAUUUAAGUGGUCAGUAGAGGAGGUGUGCAUAAGUGCACAAUCGUGCCUAUCAUCCCUGUCAUUGUAUUUUUUUCUUUUUUUCUUUUAUUCUUGUUCUUUUUGUUUUAUUAUUUAUUUAUUUAUUUAUUAUUUAGAUUUUUAUACCACCCUUCUCCCGAAGGACUCAGGGCGGUGUACAGCCAGAUUAAAAAACAGUACAAUAUACAAAUUAAAACAAAAAUUAAAAUAACAUAUUCUAUAAAUGGCCGAAAAUUUAAAACCGUCAAAUUUGACCCAUAAAAUUCAUAAAAUACCCCAAUUAAAAUUAUUAAAAUUCAAAAGUUAAAAAAAUUAAGCCAGUCCCGCUUGGAUAAACAAGUGCGUUUUCAAUUCACGGCGAAAGGUCCGAAGGUCAGGUAAUUGACGCAAACCAGGGGGAAGUUCGUUCCAGAGGGUAGGUGCUCCAACAGAGAAGGCCCUUCCCCUGGGGGCCACCAGCCGACAUUGCUUGGCGGACGGCACCUUGAGAAGACCCUCUCUGUGUGAGCGUACAGGUCGGUGGGAGGCAUAAGGUAACAGCAGGCGGUCCCGUAAGUACCCGGGCCCUAAGCUAUGGAGCACUUUAAAGGUGGUAACCAACACCUUGAAGCGCACCCGAAAGACCACAGGUAACCAGUGCAGACUGCGCAAGAGCGGUGUUACGUGGGAGCAGCGUGAGGCUCCCUCAAUCACCCGCGCAGCUGCAUUCUGAACUAACUGAAGCCUCCGAGUGCACUUCAGGGGUAGCCCCAUGUAGAGAGCAUUGCAAUAAUCCAGACGAGAAGUGACAAGAGCGUGAGUGACCAUGCAUAAGGCAUCCCGGUCAAGGAAGGGGUUUUUGUUUGACAAAUUAUAAUAAAAUAAAUAAAUAAAUAGUUAGUUAGUUCUAAUCCCACUUUAGGCAAGAAGGCCACUUUCUCAGCCCAAUCCACUAUAUACAAUAUAUAAGCAUCCAUAGCCAUCCUUUAAAAAAUAGCAGCAAGAAUACUAGCUAGCCGUACUCUUCUCCUGCUUAUAGAAAUUAUUUUUUUGUCUGCAGUUUAUGGACAGUUUAUGUAUGCAGUUUGUCCAUUAUAUCUGAAGUAUGCUAAAUUGCUCUGUUAAACUGAGUAUUUGCUUAUGCCACCAUAAUCAAUGGGCCUACUCUGAGUAUGAAUAAACUUAGAUCUAAUUCUAGACCUUAUUGUAUAUAGAAUCAUAGGACCUGAAGGGAACUUGUAGGUUUUUUUUAGUCCAACCCCUUGCCCAAGGCAGGAGUGCUUAUAAAAGAAUAACAGAGUUGGAAGGGAUCUUGGAGGACUUCUAGUCCAACCCACUGUGCAGACAGGAAACUCUAUACCACUGAUAGUUAAUCUUUUUGAUGCCGAGUGCCCAAAGCCUGUGUGCAUGCUAAUGCACACGUGUGCCCAAACCCCCCAAAUGCAAUGCGAGCUCCCCCUGCAUGUAUACGCAUCCUCAUGCAUGUGUGCGCCCCCCGCACAUGUGCCCCACCUCCCAUGCAGAUGCUCCCCUGCACCCUCUUUGGCUUCCAGGUUGGUGCAGGUGGCUCUCCAGGCCCAAAAUGAAGCAGGGAGGGCCCUCGCACAGCCCCUCAGUGCCCUAUUUUGGGGCUGUACUCCCCGUGUAUUCCCCGUGCAUGCGACCCACGUGCAUGUGACCCACCCCCCACAUGCACACACAUUCCCUGCAUGCGUUCUGCCCCCCGCACAUGUGCAGCAGAGGCCUGAAAACUGCUGGUUGGCAGGAGGCAUGUGUGCAUGCAUGGUGGAGCUGGGCUGGGGCAACGGCUGGCGUGCCUGCAGAGAGGGCUCUGUGUGCCACUUGUGGCACGUGUGCAAUAGGUUCGCCAUCACGGCCCUAUGCCAUUUAUACCAUUUCAAACAAAUGCUUGUCCAAUCUCUUCUUAAAAACUUACAGUGUUGGAGUGCCCACAACUCCAGGAGACAAGCUGUUCUACUGAUUAAUCACUCUGUCAGGAAAUUCCUUAUUUCUUCUGAUGAAUUUUCACCUAUUGCUUCUUGUCCUUCUCUCAGGUACUAUGGAAAAGAAGUCAAUACCCACUUCCCUGUGACAGCACUUCAAAUAUUGGAAAACUAUUAGGUUUCCCUUAAGCCUUCUCUUCAUUAGGCUAAAUAUACUUGCUUCCUUGGCCAUUUAUCAUACGAUGUAGUCUCCAGACCCCUUAUCAUCUUUGUUGUUCUUCUCUGCACUCAUUCUAGGAUCUUGGAUUCUUUUUUAUAUCAUGAUCAGAACUGGACACAAUAUUCCAACAGAAUGAUCAUGUCCUGUGAACUUAUGCUAUCCUGUUGAUGCAGUUUAGGAUUAUGUUGGCUUUUUUGGCAGCUGUAGAACACUGCUGACUCAUACUUAAGUGGUGAUCCACCAGGACACCUAAAGCCCUCUCACAGAUACUACUGUUGAGCCAGGUACUGCCCGUCCUAUACUCAUGCAUCUGUUUUUUCUUGCCUAUGUGAAGGCUCUUACUUUUCACACUGCUGAAUGGCAUCUCAUUGGGUAAUAUCUUUCUGAAUUCUGAAGCUAUCUUCCAAAGUGAUAUCAAUUCAUCCCAGCUUUGUGUCAUCCACAAAUUUGAUGAGUGCCUUCAGUCUCCUCAUCUAGGUCAUUUAUGUAGAUAUUGAAGACUUAAUUCCCACAUUUAAAUUUACUUCACAAAUCAAAGGAAGACAUCUGUCAGAAAUGAAAAUUCAUUUAUUCUUAUAUAAAUAAUCAAAUCAUUGUGAGCUGUUCUUAAUAUAAUCCUCACUUGACUUACUUUAUAUUUUCAAACUCUUAAUUAUCUUCUUUUAAGCAUUUUUAGAUAUUUACUUAGCAUUUCAUAAUGGGAAGUCUUAUAUUGCUUUGAGUGAAGGAAGAAGCCCUCAGUAGCAUUCCUAGAAUUCCAAUGAAACUGAGUCAGCUAUUAUGUUAUUUAUUAUUUAUUCAAACAAUCUUUUAAAAUGCAGGCCAGAACAACACUCAAGCUAUUUUGUGGUCUCUAGAUGGAGCUGUGGAUUCAAUAAUAUUCUGUAACUUGUUUGACAAAAUCUACUAAAAUACCUACUAUUUCAUGCUAUGUUUCUCCUAUGAGAAAAUCCAUAGCCCUGGAAAUCUUUGAGGAUAUGUAAAUAGUAUUUACUGUUUUGGCAGGGUCAUUGCUUUGUGAAAUCUAUUUGAAUUGGCUGUAUAAAAACUGCUGUAGCGAUAAAUCUCCACUCCACCUACCUUGUGGCCUUUAAUGCAGUUGUUGAAUUUCAGCAGCACAAAAAAGAAGUAAAAAUAAAAACUUGUUUUCAUUUCCUAGAAUCUGUUCAGAUGAAUAAAGGGACCAUUUUCUGAA